GUCUUCCAGUGAGGCGCGCACGUGUUCGACUCCAGAACGGUCCUCCGCCGGUCAAGACAGACUGUGGCGCGUGGAACACGACUCCGACGUUUGUGUUUACCGAGCCUUUCAUCUCUGGUCCCUCGACGUGCGCCUGAUGGCGUCACACUGGUGUCAGACGCCUGCCGCGAUCCUCGCGGUGGCAGAGCAGCGAAGUUGAAUACGGCAGACGCCCGUUCAGUAAGUCUCUCUCCAGCCUGGAAGUCCACAGAAGGUUUAGCAUUCAGUAGUUGUAAUUCCAUUCCGACAACAGCGACAUUUGCGUUCACUGUUCUCAUUAUGUUUUUUUUUUUUCUUUUGAGCUUCUAAGACCCGCCGCCAGGAUCGUCGAUAUCCGACAAAUGGCACGCCGGCUUCUUUGACGUCAUUGGUUGCAACUUCGGGACCAACUUUGAUGCACGGGUGGUGUACAGGGCGGUGAACACAGCCAUCGAAGACGCCUUCCAGGCACUAUACCGAGAUUUCCAAACGAGGCAGAAAGCCAGCGCUUUGGAGUCACAAUGACCGACUUCCUAACCACGGCUUUCCCGGUGGUCCUCAUUCUGGUGGCCCGAGGCAGGGACGGCCCCGAGCAGCGGCUUCCCCUGUACCUCUCUCCCGAGUUCAAGAACUACAACGUGAGCAUGUGGCGGGUGCACGGAAGCGAGUGUUCACCACGCAGCGCCCACUUCAUCAAAUGGAAGCAGAUCUUCGUCGAGUCCACAGACACGUUGAGGUACGACGAGCUGCUGCCCGGAAGGUACUGCUUUAUGCUGAACCCUGUGACCAGGAAUUGUUACCCGCCUGGGUUUUGUUCCCGUCGUACAUCAAAAGUCGUCGAAAUAAGAGGAAGCAAAGCCAUGGGCAAGGAGUGCUGCUACGAAGGCAAGCUUAAUGCGACAUUCAUCGUGGAACACGAAGCGAGAGCAGUUCACGUGGAUUUGCGCAUGAGAGCGCCAUCCAAUCCAUGCCUCACGAGAUUCGUCGUGAGCAUCUGGCCUACCGUGCCUCAAGCGUCCAGCUGUGCUUGGAAACCUCCUUCCGGUCCCGGGCAUUGCCAAAAUGAAGUUUUGCCAAAUAAAAGUGUGCACCUCUACAACAUACAGGAAGGUCCAAACUGCAUAAGAAUCUCUACAAGUUGUGAAUCUUCGUCUUACAACUGCCCCGAUGUAUUACUUUCUUCAUUUACUGUGGAAGUGGAUACCAGCAGCAUUUGGUUCCAGUCGUCCUGGUGGGUUCCGGUAGCCGCAUUCUUGUCCCUGUGGUUGCUGUGCGUCGUGGUUUUAACACUGGCCUGCUCAGCAGCGAGAAGCUCUCGGAGCCACAAAAACAAGUUUGCCAAAGCGCCCUUCCCUUGAGGCGUCUUCCAGAACAUGCCUGCCGAUUUCAUUCUAAUUAACCUGUAUGCGAAAAGAAACUGAAGGAGAUGAGGAGGUGCGAGCGUGCGGGGACGGCAGAGCACUGAGCUCUGGUUGGAAUGAUAUGUAGGUAAACGCAAACGCUGCCUUCGUCUCUACUCACUGUUCGACCUGAGACAAAGAAGCUAGCCUUGCGUGUAGCCGCUAAUCCGAUUCCGGCCAAAGUUCGGAGCUCUCCCCCAAUCUUUAUCCGUAUAGUCCUUUGUACUGGGGUGCGAGUGUGCUUACUUUAAAUCCCAAGGCAGAAAAACAAAACUGAGUACAUGUGUAGAAUCGAGCAAGACACCGCAAGACCAGGUGCUCUUAUAGAAGGAUAUAUCGAAUAAGGUUCGAUAGAGAAUGUCUAUUAACCCCCACAGCUUCUUACUUCGGUUCGCUAAUAAAAUAUGUGUCGGGUA